UAACAUUUAUCAUUCUGAGGUAAAAAUGGCGGCUCAAGUAAGAGAAGUGUCACGGAACCUGGGGAGACUUGUGCCCCAAAAUACUUGCUUAUUCUUAUGUGAUAUGCAAGAAAAAUUCAGGAAUAAUAUCCAAUACUUUCCGCAGAUAGUUGAAAUAUCCAACAGACUGUUAAGAGCUUUUAAAUUGCUGGAUUUACCGAUUGUGUGUACGGAGCAGUACCCGAAAGGACUUGGCAACACCGUGGCAGAGUUGGGUGUGGCGGAACACAAUGUACCAGUGUUUGACAAGACUAAGUUCUCCAUGUGUCUCCCACCAAUUCAAGAAAUAAUCAAGGAUAAAGAGAUCAAAUCAGUAGUGCUGUGUGGCAUUGAAGCUCAUGUGUGUGUGCAGCAGACCACAUUAGACCUGCUAGAGAGUGGCUUAGAUGUGCACGUGGUGGUUGACGCCUGUUCCUCACGCUCCAUGACAGACAGGAUGUAUUCUUUUGAGAGGCUACGAGACAGUGGAGCAUUCCUAACCACAAGUGAGUCUGUCAUCCUAGGUCUAGCAGGUGGCUCCUCUCACCCACUCUUCAAGCAACUACAGAAGAUUAUAUGGGAGUCUGCCCCUGAUACUGGACUCCUGGCUGCUCGUCAGCAACCACUUGUGGCCGCCAUAACUGACAGUACCGCCACUGCCAGGCUGUGAUGUACUAUACCAUGUUGGAAUGAAGUUGUCACUGGAUAUGGUAUGUGGUGUUAAUAUAUAUAUAUACAGGUAGUCCCCGACUUACGACUGCUUGGAUUUACGUCCAUCGGUACUUACGACCUGCUCUAACCUUACGACCGUCGGGAUAUAGGACUGCCGCAGUCGGGACCAUUUUUUUUUU